AUGGCUUAUUGUGGACCCGCUUGUGCUGUGCCAUCUUGUGCAUCCGCCCCAGUUGUUGGUUUCGGAUCAGCCGGUUCCAAGGGUCUUGGCUGUGGUCUCGGCUAUGGAGGUUACGGUUUGGGUUAUGGGGGCGGUUUGGGCUAUGGCUGGGGCCAAGGCUGGGGCCACGGCUAUGGAGGUCUUGGUUAUGGUUUGGGCUAUGGCUACGGAUCCGGUGCCUUGGUCGAAAGCUCACGAAGCCUGGGCACCCUGGCCGGAGUCAUCCCCUCCUGCAUCAACCAGAUCCCAGCAUCUGAGGUGACCAUCCAGCCCCCUGCAGUUGUGGUCACCCUCCCUGGUCCCAUCCUCUCCGCCAGCUGUGAGCCCGUCGCCGUUGGAGGCAACACUCCAUGUGCCCCUGGAGGUUUCAGACGCUUCGGUGGCGGUUACUAUGGAGGCCGCCUGGGACGUUUCGGUCGCCGUGGAAGCAUCUGCUCUCUCGGUCGCAGAGGUAGCAUCUGCACCCUCCCUUGUUAA